GAGAAGAGACGCGAUGAUGGAGGUGAAAAUAGAGGACUGUCUCCUCCGUGGAGACUCCUCUGAUCUGGUCUCAGUUCUUCAGGAUGAAGGUCUCAGUGACAUCACGCUCACCAGACUGGACCAGCUGGUCACCAAGGAUCUGUGUGGAUCCGGUUUCUCCAGAGUCCUGGUCGUGUUGAAGUCUUUAGAGGUUCUAUCAGAGAACAGAGUCCAUCUGCAGAUACUCAUCGACCACGGACUGACUGCUAAAGUGGUGUUGUGGUUCGAAGCCGUCCAUGACCUUCUGACCUCUGACCUCCUGAGGAGCUCCGCCUCCCUGCUGAGCCUCACUGAGGAGUUUUAUGACUACUUUCAGCUGCUGGGUCAGGCUUCUAUUCCAGUCAGUCAGCUGUCUGUGGUUCUCCUUCAGCUGGCUCGGUUAGCUCUGGAACCAGAAAUCCACUUUCCACUGAGACUUGAGGCCAUCCGAACAUUUAACAGCAUCCUGGAGUCUCUGAGCCGCGAGCAGAAGAAACUGAUCCAGAUCGACCAGAACCAGACCCUAAUACUAUCUCAGGUGGCAGCAGCAGUUCUGACAGUUGGAGACUACGAGCUGCAGGUCAGCCUAUCAGAGGCUUUGUGUCGUCUGACUCCCAGGAAGGACCGAGAUCAGAAAGCCAAUCAGUGGUUCUCCAGCCAUGACAUCAGCAGUGCGUUCUGUGACAUCAGAGACGCAGACUUUGAAGUGGACUGUCGACGUUUCCUGAACUUUGUUAAUGAUCACCAUGGUGACCAGAGGAGGGUGUACACCUUCCCCUGUGUCAGAGCGUUCCUCGACUCCACUGAGCUGUUUCCACCAAAAGACGAAAAACUGGACGAGUUCUGGAUUGAUUUUAACGUGAGCUCAGGAUGUGUGAGCUUCUUCAUCAAUGAGCCUCAGGGUUUCCUGUGGGGGUCGAUCCACCUGCUGAAGGAGGACGUGGUUCGUUACAGUCUUCACCUGAAACAUGACGAAUGCACUGGGACAGAGACAGUCCUCAGUGUUAGGCUGAACAAUCCCAUCAUGCACCACAACAGCAGAGGUCAGACAGUGGAGCUGAACUUCAGCUCUGAACACCACCGAGACCUGGAGGAGGCUGCUGGGAAGGUCUUCAUGAUGGUCCAGAGUUCCCCCCCGUCUGAAGGACACAGGUGGUACGGUCCAUGGUCGAUCCUACAGCAGGAAGAAACCACAGAGCAAGAGUCAGCUGAAGGUUCUUCCUCUGUCGUCUCCUAGCAGUGAGGAAGACUCUUCUGCCUUUAAGACUUCAGUGAGCAGAUCAGAGUUUCUGUUUGAUGAGAUCAGAUCAGACCGACACUCGACUCCAACACGCGACUCAGGGGUUACUGUGGGGGCGGAGCAAGAGGUCUCUCAGGAACAGAGGGAGGAGUUUGGAGGAAAUAUAAAGGAAGUCUUGAGUUGUGACGGGAAGAGAGCCGCUCCAGAUUCAGGUUACCUGUCAGACCACAAUGAGGGUCCACUGGCCCAGAAGAGGAGGGCGGAGCCUCAGCCGGAAGGGGAGAUGACUAAGUCACUACCGGCAGAGUCUCCACACGAGGGGGCGGAGCCACCAGAGGAGGAGGAGCUGUCUGAUACAGGGGCGGGACCAUCUGUCG